GGAUCAAAUGGGUACGUUUUAUCAUUAUGAAAAUAUUUUGUUGUUUACAGAAGAUACACAGUUAAUGAAAUCAUAUCAAUGCUUGAGGAUGAAGGUAACUUUGAAAGGGCAGAUAUACAUGUUCAACCACCUCCUGUAGAUGAACUGACAGAUGAAGAUAGUGCAAGUGAAGAUGAAGAAGUAGGUUACAACAACCUCAGUGGACGUCAGUUAGACCAACAAGCAACAGCGACAGUUAUUCGCCUAGAUGGACGUCAUGUUGUUGAUUCAGCAUCAGACUCCGAUCUAGAAACUGACCAUUCUUCAGAUUCUUCUGAUACAGAUGAAUACGAAGUGCCUGCAAAUAUUGCAAAAAAGACCUCAAGUAAGAAUUGCACUACGGGAUCCAGCUCCGCGUCCCAAACGACCUGCACCAGUAAAGAGGAAGUGGGAAAAUAAAGAUCUACCUGAGCAAGAUAAAGACAGAUUCACUUGGCAUGGCUCAAAUAUAGACAAAAGUCGAUGGCCGCAAACACAGAUGGCAUCUUCAACUUAUUUUUUGAUGAUGACGUGAUCAACAUGAUUGUUGAACAGAGUAUAAGAUAUGCUGGUUCAAAAGGCAACCAUUCGUUUUCAACUUCACCCCAAGAAAUUAGGAUCUUCUUAGCAAUUCUGCUUAUAUCAGGCUAUAACACUGUGCCAAGACGGAGACAGUUCUGGAGCCGGGAUGAUGACGUAAGGAAUGAGGCAAUAGCUCGUACA